AUGCCCGGGAUGGUGGCUUUCGGUCGGCGUUGGGGAAUCGCCAGUGACGACCUGGUUUUCCCCGGAGCUUUCGAAAUGACGACCCGAGUGCUGUGGUGGAUUGGCACGCUGAUCCUGUACAUUUACCACAAAGGGCAUUUCGACUGCAGCGGAGGUGGAGUGCUUCACAGUUACCUGGUUGGAUUGCUGAUCAUUCUGGGAUUCAUCAUUUCCUCAUUGGGAGCUAUUGUUUACAUCAGUGCGCAAGGGACCAUCACAAACCCCGGUCCUCGCCGCUCGCUCACUGGCCUGGUCUACCUGCGGGCCCUGCUGUACCUGCCCGAGCUGGCCUGGGCCUGUCUGGGGGCCACGUGGGUCUCUGACGACAGCAAAGGGUGCGACCCUGCCACCGUGGGCGCCGUCAUCGCCGCUGUGGUUGCCAGCUGGAUCAUCCUGCUCUUCACCGCUGUGGGCGUGGUCUUUGUGUUCGACCCCCUGGGCAGCACCAGCCGCUCCGCCCCUCCCCCCUCCGCAGAGCUGCUGGGCGUGCGGGACCUGGAGAGCAGCGAGGGCAGCCAGUUCCUGUCCACGGCUCGCUCUCUGGCCGUGAAGGUCUGGGAGAGCCGCCUCAAACUGCUCUGCUGCUGCCUGCCCCAGGACGACAGCCACCGCGCCGCCUUCUCCAGCAUCGCACAGCUCGUCAGCGGGUUCUUCUCUGACACAGACCUGGUUGCCAGCGACAUCGCGGCCGGUUUGGCUCUUCUGCACCAGGAGCAGGACAAGAAGGAGCAGAGUCGAGACCCCGACAGCGUCCUGGCCCACAGCCCCUCCUCCCCCCUGGGCGAGGACCUGGAGACGGAGCUGGAGAAGGCGGCUCACUGUAUGCGAUUUGCUGCAGCCGCGUACGGGUGGCCCAUGUUUGUGUACUCCAAUCCUCUGACCGGGCCAUGCAGACUCACGAAGGACUGUUGCCGAAGUCGCUCGGCGGAGUACGAGCUGGUGGGGGGCGACCAUCUUGGCUGCCACUUCUCCUCCAUCCUCCACAGCACCGGGCUACAGUACAGAGACUUCAUCCACGUCAGCUUCCACAACCAGAUUUACGAGAUCCCCUUCUUCGUGGCUCUGGAUCACAAGCGAGAGGCCGUGUUGGUGGCCGUCCGUGGCACGCUGUCCCUGAAGGAUGUUCUGACCGACCUGUCUGCGGAGUGUGAAAACCUGCCACUAGAGGGCGUCAGCGGAGCCUGCUACGCUCACAAGGGAAUGUGCCAAGCAGCAGGUUAUAUCUAUAAGAAGCUGGUCAACGAUGGCAUCCUCAGCCAGGCCUUCUCCAUCGCCCCGGAGUAUAAACUGGUGAUCACCGGACACAGCCUGGGCGGCGGCACAGCGGCUCUCCUGGCCGUCAUGCUAAAGAAUUCCUACCCCACCUUAAAAUGUUACUCCUUCUCACCACCAGGGGGACUAGUGAGUAAAGCUUUGGCCGAUUACACCAAGGACUUUGUGGUCUCUGUGGUCGUGGGGAAAGACCUCGUUCCCAGACUCAGCCUUCCAAACAUGGAGGAUUUGAAGAGGAGAAUUCUUAAAAUAGUGUCAAACUGCAACAAGCCAAAGUAUUCCAUCCUGCUGCGUGGCUGCUGGUAUGAGCUGUUUGGAGGAGACCCGGACGACUUUCCCACAGAGAUGGAGAACCGUCGGGAGGCGGAGCUGAGCCGACCGCUGCUGGGGGAGGAGUCUCUGAUCCGCCAGUCCUCGUCCUAUCAGAGCCUGGCGUCCGACGACUCUCCCGCCCACACGGCCACACACCUGCCCCUGUUCCUGCCGGGGCGAGUGCUGCACGUCACAGAGGACGGCCCCACACGGAGGUCCUGCUUCUCCCGGGUGCGGUACCGAGCAGACUGGUCCAGCGAGAUGGCAUUCCGCAGCAUCCUCAUCAGCCCGCGGAUGCUGAGCGACCACAUGCCAGACGUGGUUCUGCGGGCGCUGCACAGCCUCACCACAGAGAGGUCCUUUUCUCUGUGUCCUUCUGCUUCUGCGUACAACCAGCACAACCCCAUCUGA